GGGAAAGAGGCCAAAAGCAGUAACAAAUCUAAUCAGUUAGCAUACACAGACACAUUUUUGCUUGAAAUUGAGAUUAAAAGUCUUCAAGAGCGUAGUCAGAAAGAAGAAUUAGACAAGAAUCUUUCUGCUCAUUUCACACAGCUUAAGGAGGAGUUCGAACGUAUCAAGAAAGCGAAAGAAGAGUUUGUUGAGGAGCAUCCUGAGAAGAAAGCUGAAAUAUAUAAACAUUUGAGUGCACCAUCUGCACAGGCACAAGCUGCACUCGCCAGACGGAGAGAUGAGAAGCCCCAGAAGCCAAAGCAGCUACUAGACAAGAAGGGUAUGCCAAUUAAUCCAACAAAAAGUGUAUAUUACGAUCCAGUGUACAAUCCUACAGGUGUUGCUCCGCCGGGGAUGCCAUACGCUGAGAAGGAGAGCGAUGAGAGUGAAGAAGAUGAUGAUAUACCGAUGCCGUCUGCGCUCAGACCAGAUGAUACAAACGAUAGCGUAGAUGAGGAUAGUGAUUUAGAUGAUAUACCAAUGCCAGCAGAUCCCCCACCUUCAACGCGUCAGCCUGUGAGCGCAAGUAAGGUCGCAGCGGGACCAAAGAUAACCCAGACGGCGGAAAUUACUGAGGCGGAUAAAAAGCAAGCAGCUGCAAGUGCUACUAUUAGCUCAGCUCCCCAGCUGCGUGACCUUCAAAAAGAGAGCGCCAUAAUGAUGCCUGCUCAACUACUGAGGAAGAAGAAGUAGGAUGUACCCAAUGUGUAAAGAUAUA